GCCGCGAGCUGCCCCAGCGCCGCCAGCUCCGCCGCCGCUGCGUCGUUGACCGGGUUGCGGACUUCCCGGUGCCGGUGGCGGAAAACGCGUUCCAUGGUGCCGAGCGUCUGCGCCCACGCCCUGACCCUCCUCCCGACCUCCCGCCGCGGGAGGCUUCGGCGGUCGUCCAUGUCCAGCAACCAGCCGACGUCAAAGCCGGCAAGCCAUUGACGCAGCGCGUCCGCACGCGGAGCGGCGGCGGUGGCGGUGGAGAAGGCUGGGAGGAGGAGGACCAUGCGCUGCAGGUGCUUGUCGACGUCUGCCAGGACGCAGGAGAAGGACGGGGAGAUCGGGCGGAAGCUGCUGCGGUCGACCUCGGCGGAGUAAAUUGCAGAAAACCACCAUUUUGAAGGCAAGUGUUGCGAAAACCACUACAAUACAUUUUUUUUUGCAAAAAACAUCGUGUCUACGGUAAUCUUUUUGCAGAAAGCACUGAUCGGCGGAUCGGGCUCAGAUAAGCUUGUUUAUGACAGACGGGGCCCGUUUUUUGCGCACGUGGCACCGUCGGCCGUCCCGACAGCCGUUAGACGGCGUUUGACGGCGCCGUAUGCCUCUGUUUGAUGGACCGGUCAAAAGACCUGUCGGUGCUGCCCCCACUCCCCACUCUCUCUGCUCUUUCGCUCACUCCUCCUCUGUCUUGCUCCUCUGCUUUGCUCGCCGCACCCGCCGCCGCGUCGUCGCGCCCCCGCCGCGUCGCCAUGGUGUCCUGGAGCGAUGAGUCCGAUAGCAGCGAGCACACCGUGGAGUACGUCAGCUCAGGUUCUGACGACGACAGAAUUAAGAUCCCUGCUACCACUGAAGACUCCGAUUUCGAGGGACUUGAAACGGAGUCGCUUGUUCUCUGCAAUGAACAUCAGAAGCCUGCAGAAAGGCGUGUUGCUUUCGAAGGAAUCCACACUGGCAGGAGGUUUCUUUGCUGUGCUGAGAAGGAAGGUGGAAACUGUGGAUUAGUUAAAUGGAUUGAUCCAGCUUGGCCCAUCACCCUUGAGAAUGCAUUAACCAAGUUAUGGUUUAUGUAUGACAAAAGUAGGAAAGACAGGACUGAGGAAAAUCUUAUGCAUUCAUUUGCUGUUCAUGACCUGACACAAGAGAAGAAGAAGCUGCAGGAGAACUAUGAUAAGUUGGUUGAAGAUGUGAAUGGACUUUUGGAUGCUCAGAAAAGGAGGGCAGAGGUAGAAAGGAAAGAUCUUGAAACCAACAAGCUUCAGGAGAAGUAUGACAUGGUUAAGAACUUAGCAGCUGCUCAAGCAAAUGUCACUAGGAACAUGAAGCUCAAGCUAGCUGAAGAGAGGAAGAACUUGCAGAACCACAUUGAUCAGCUGAACAAGACAGUUGAAGAGAGGAAGAACUUGCAGAACCACAUUGAUGAGCUGAAGAAGACAGUUGAAGAGAGCAAUGUGAAGCUGGAGGGGGUCAAGGCAAUCAUAAAUGGAUAAGCAGGUGGUUGUGGAAGAGAAGAAUGGGCAAUAUCAUUUGGCAUUUGCUGACCUUUUGCAGUGUGUGGUUUGGCAUUUGCUGUAAUGAUGGUAGUUUAAAUUGUAUGAACUAUGAGUACUUCUGAACUAUGGUUAUGUAAU